CCGCGACAAAAGGCUAAUAACUAAAUUACCAAGACGUGUGAACGCCGAUUGGUCACCACACUCCUGUCCUGCCUGCGGAGGCGAGGGCAUUCACUGAACCAGCAACGACAUUCACAAGCAUCAAAUGAGGUUGUGAUGUAGAAAAACUUUCUGAGGAUAUUUCGAAAGGUUAAACAGAAAGAUUUCUAAUAGGGUCACAUCAGCCUGUCCAAUAUGAUGAAAGAUUGCCUUCAGUUUCUCAUUGAGCCAGCCAAGAAGCUCAAGUUUCGUCUGAAGGAGACGCGGAAGAGAGUGAAACAUGUAAAGAAAGAGCCAUUAACAGAGAGUCAGCUGUUUAUAAUGGAGCUCGCGCGAGAACUCAACAGGAUCUGUCAGAGGUCAGAUAUUCUGGCUCACAUCUGGACCGGAGAGGACGUAUGGCCUCCGCACGCCUGUCGAGAGUUCAUUGUGGAGACCGCCAACAUCCUGGAGAUGAAGGAAAAUAUUGAGAAGCCCAUGCACGUUUAUGCUGAUCUGCAUCCAGAAAAGCGGGACUGGAAGAGUCAUUUACUGAGCAUUCUGGAGCAGGGUGGAGAAUAUGACAUGGGCCCGUACAAAAGGAUCAUUAUGGACUGGACCAGAGGACAGCGCAACAGACACCCGCAUGGUAUCUGGCCGGGUGAGGUGGUGUUGAUGAUGCUGGAUGACGUGGAGCUGCAGUGGAAGCGGGGUCACCUGUCACACCUGCAGUCUGCCUUGGAGAUGCUCAUAGGGGUCGUGCUUGGGGAACAUCUGGACAAGGAACUCAUUCCAAGACUGUGGCUGGUACAAAAACAAAAGACCAAGAAGAUCGAUUGCACUGGCUACAUUCCACACAUAGUGUGGAACUGGAUAUGUGAUGCUGCAGUGGAGGUGACUUUUGACCCAGAGACGGCCAACCCUGCUCUGGUUCUGUCCGAGGACUGCAAGCGCAUGCAGUGCGGUCUGGAGCGGCGUGAGGUUCCCUGCAGCUGGCGGCGCUUUGAUGGCUGGUGGUGCUGUCUCGGCUCUGAGGGCUUCUCGUCGGGACGCCGGUACUGGGAGGUAGAAGUGGGCGACCGUGAUUGGCGUCUUGGGGUGGCCAAAGAAUCGGCUCUCUGCAAAGGCUACAGACCGCUCAACACUCAGAGCGGAUACCUCACCCUCAGGCUGGAGCGGGGCUCUGAGCUCAAGGCCCUGACCAUACCGCCCACACCCCUGCCCCAGUCGCUCAUCCCGCGGAGGGUGGGGGUCUAUCUGGACUAUGAGGAGGGGCAGCUGUCCUUCUAUGACACCCAGAAGCGUGCGCACAUCUACACAUACAGCAAGAGGUUCACAGAGAAGCUUUACCCAGUGUUUGGGACAGUGGAGAUGGUGCGCGAGAUGGUGAUCAGGCCUUCAGACCUGAGGGAGCAAUGUCUCUGUAAGGGACAAUGCCUGUUUUGCUAAUGUACGUAAUGAUCGCACAAUCCUCACACACAUGGAUAUGAAGAAAUUACAAACGCCAUAAAACAUUCAUACAGUAAUUGAUCAAUGCUUACAAAAAUAGAAGUGCAUAGAAGGAAUUUUAAAUUUUUUUUAAGAGUAGCUAAAGCUGUGAUUUCUGCACCACUAGCAACACAAAGGAAUUGUAAAAAAUACUGUUGUUAAACAGUCUGCGAUUGGUCAGACAAACAGAUAGUCCCAGAUAGAAGACGUAUUUUUGUCGAUCAACUUUGAAGUUAGCAUGACCCUGAUUCCCUUGAAAGAAACCCAAAUUGUUUCUGUGUGAGAUCAGUUGGCAUGCAGUGUUUUCACUUUUUUGAAGAAAUCAACCUCCAAAUGGUGUAGUCUAUGCAUAUUAAUCUGGGAUAGAAUUGAUUUUAACAUUGAAAAAAAAUCAUAUACUUCAGCUAUGCUUUUCUUUGUGCAGCUACCAAAAAAAAAGAUGCUUCAAAAUUCUAAGGGCUUGUUUGCUCAUACUUAUGCAUGAGCGUUGGGAAUGUGUUCAUGACUUCAUCUUCAUGUUAAAAUCUUAAGUGCUUUUGUCACAAUUUUUUCUGCGAUUAAUUCAGCCUAAUGUACCGUUUCCAUUCAGACUUUUUGUAUACAAUUUAUUUUUUGUUUUUAUUUUUUAAUUUUAAGAAAUUGAACUUGGAAAGUCUCCUACUGACUCCCAUUUGCUAGAAUGUUAAGGAUUCAAAAUGAAAGCGACAACGAUUACAUCAUAAUAUUUCUAAAUGAUUUGCAUACUGAAUUGUGAUUGUUCUUUUUUCGUUACCCAUAUAAUAUGUCAAUUUCCAUUGUUUUUUUAAAUAAAAUAAGAUUAUAAUUAGCCAAAUCCAAUGCCUAAAACUGAAAUAUUGUUUUGCUGACCUCAAUGCACUAUUUUCCCAGUUUUAGCAAGUGUUGGAUAUAAUCACGUUCAACUCCAUGUUUGUUUGUUUAUGUUUGUCAGUAACAUAAGAAAGCAUAUAGAGGGCAGUGUCCAUACUUUCUCCUCCAAUCAAUGUAAAGCAUUUCAGUAGCUCAUUUCAGUGUGCUAAAAAAAAACUGAUUGCACCUAAAUCUGUUUCUAAUAAACAAAGCUGACACACGAAGGGUCGACUGUGGUAGGAUGAUUUAUUGGUAAGGGGAACUAAUAUGCAGUGAGGCGUUUUGCAUACUACGGCUUGAAUAUGAUGGUGAAAUGCAAUUUUAAUAUAAAACU